AUGGCCCUCAUUGAACUUAAAUGGAGUUUGUUCCAGGCCAAGGAUCUAGUCUGUGCACUGCUUGUCCUCCUAUGUCUGCACACAGCCACAGGAAUGUCAGGAUGGGGUGGAUGUUUGGAUGGUCAGGAUGUAUUUGCAACAAUCAGAGAAAAUAGCCCUUUUGGAGAUGUCGUUGCUGAACUCAUGGCAGAGACUACAGUGGAGGGGAUUCACUGGAGCCUGGAUGGAAAGGAUGCUGAUUGGUUCUUCUUGGAUGAAAGAAACAUCCGGCUGAACACAUCAGCUGACAAGGUCCUCGACCGAGAGGCUCAGGGUCCUGUCCUAAUGGCUGAGUUGUCGUGUUAUGAGGAGGACACACUUCAGAGUGUGUACAGGAUCAUGGUGGAGAUUCUCAAUGACAAUGACAAUUCCCCUGUGUUUGCAGAAGACACUGUCCAGUCUCUUAUACUCAGUGAGCUGACUACAGUGAAUACUGUGGUCUUUACUGUCCAGGCCACUGAUGCAGAUAACGACAAGAUUAUUUACUCCAUUGACCAGACAUCACCUGAUGCAGAGUACUUCAAGGUUGAUCUUCCCAACAGUGGAGAGGUGCUCCUGUCAAAGCCUCUAGACUAUGAGACCAAAACCCUGCUUACUAUUACCAUCCAUGCCUCAGAAAUGAACACAGCUGAGCACUUCAAUACCAGCACCAACAUCACCAUCACCGUCCUGGAUGGAGAUGACCAGUACCCACAGUUCCUGCCCUGCAUGCUGCUUUUCCAGGACGAGACCAGCCGCAUCUGCACCAGCCCUGUGUACACAGUCAAUGUCACAGAGGGGGAAGAGGACAUUGUCUUGGACUUCUCUCCUGGUCCCAUUCAUGCAGUGGACGGAGACAGAGGUCUCAGCUCUCCGGUCAGCUAUUCCAUUCUCUCAGGAGACGAUGAUGGGCGUUUUCUGAUGGACAGUAAGACAGGGGAGGUGAAACUGAUUCGGGGGUUUCGAGACAGACUCACAACUCCAACGCUGCACCUACAGGUCAUGGCAUACCAGGACGAUGACCCCAGAAAGUAUUCUGUUGCUACAGUGUUGGUCCGAGUUCUGGCAGUGAACCAGUUUUAUCCAGAGUUUGAUAUGGCUGAAUAUCAGGGCUUUGUAAAUGCAGGAAGGAGCCCUGCCUCCCUGGUCAAUACCUAUGGCAGCAAAGCCCUGAUGUUACAUGUACAAGAUCAAGACUUCAGCCACGGUUUCAAUCCCAUGAUCUACUUCACCUUCAGUCCGACAUCAAAUCACACAGGCAUCUACCAAAUCACACAGGAGGGCUUUCUGAUCACCAGGACCAAUGAACUCAAACCAAAGCAGAAACAUGUUCUAGAGUUGAGUCACCGUAACACCAUGCCACACAUGGAGGAAGUACCCUACAACAAUGAAGAAUACGGAACCUACAAUCCUUCCUUCAGCUAUGCAGAAAAACCUGGCAUCUACACCCACCAAGACCUCCCGGCCUGCCGAGGACCCGUUCCACCCAGAACCACCGCUGCACUCGACACCAGCAUCAUCCCCACUGAAACUGUGCACAGUCCUGUGAUCCUCAAUAAUAAUGUUUCUACACCAACCAAGAGCUCCUCUAGUUCACCCACCUUUCACCCAGCCACUGUGGAUGUGAGCCCCACACAUGUGACUCAAUAUGCUGCUCCUCCCAAAGAAAACCCUGGUUCACCAACUGACACAUCGCCACAGCCUCCUGAGGCACUACCCAACACCAGUCCUAGCCCUGCAACCCAUGAUGCCACUGACACCCCACCUUUCACCUAUCCUGAUUCACAACCUACAGAAACAACCACCAAUGAUGACCCUGUUGACCCUGUCACCAGCCCCUCCUCUCAAUCCAGUAUUCCAUGGAGCCAUACCCGAAUUGCUUCAGCAGAAAUAGACAAACCCUUCUGCAAACCUCGUGUGAAGACACCCCCAUAUUCACCUUUACUGUCCUCACCCCCUCCUAAGCAGAUGGGCACACCCCCAACCACCCCAGACCAUGCACCUUUAGAAGCUAAGCUGGUACAUAUAGAUAUGUCUCCCCUUGAUAAACCUCUAGCAAAACCAGCGCAAACAUCCAUUAGUCUAAGCGCAGAGGUAGACCAACCCUCCACAUCACCAGACCUAACAGAUCAAUCAGAACAUCCAGGUGGGGCUGCAGGUGCUGGCAGUCCAUCUCAGGACCGAAGACCUUCAACAAACUCAGGAAAUACACAGGACUGCCGGGAGGUGGGGAUUGUGAAUGAUGACGGUAUUCUGGGAGAUGAAGAUGCAGACAAGAACAGUGAGGGUGAGGAUGAGUUAGAGCCAGACGAAGAAGAGCUGCUGAGAGUGUUGGCUCGUUGUAAUCCCAUUUUUAUCACAUUUAGUAAGUGA